GUUCAUCUCGUUUUUCCUUUCCUUUCCUUUCCGUUCCCUUUUGGCGCCUUUCAUCACUUCAUCUGCAAAGAAAACCAAAGUGAGAAAGAAAGGAGAUAAAAAAGCAAGUCGAUAAUACCUUGAAGAGAAGAUACCAGUAACGUUUACCCAUGGCUGAAGGCACUACCGCGCGUACCCGAGUCUCGUCCCUGGCCGCCGCGGGAGUCUCGUCCACGGCGGCUCCCAAACGACCUACCAAGACGCCAGGCGUUACAGCAACGGGUCGACCCACCAGUGCGGCGCGAACUUCUUUGACGCGAUCAGGCACCGGUGCCACACCGGCAUCACCUACUACCCCCACCCGUACUUCGACAGCCCGUGCAACAAAAACACCGGUGCCUGGAACUACUUCGAGCGCCGCUCGACAAAGUCCUACGCUAAGUCGCGCCAGCAGUACGCUGAAUAAGACCGCCUCACCUACCUCUUCCACUCUCAGUCGUCGAGCCACCACCACCGGCACGGCUUCCGCUCGAUCCCCCACAACUUCCACCGCCUCGUCGAGCCGAGCUUCCCCUUCUACCACACGAAGAACCUCCACCGUAGGCAUGACCUCCGCCACCGCCCGCACUGCAUCCACUAAACCGGGUGCUUCGACCGUAACCUCCACGGGCGUGAAAGCUUCCGAGCUAAUGGCUGAGCUCAAAGCUCUCAAAGAAAAGUAUGCCGAGCAGGAAAAGUCGUUGGCUGAGAAGCAGGAAUUGUUGCAGACCACUGAAUCGGAUUUGGAAGCGUUAAAAAUCAAGUACGCUGAAGUGGAACGGGCAUUGGCAGAGAAAACGACUAAGCCUGCUGCCGACGAGCAAACAUCAUCAAAGGAAGCUGUCAACACCGAGACCGAGACUGAGACCGAGACCGAGACUGGCGAGUCUGAGGAGUCGAAGAAUGAAAUGGAAACGCUUCGUAACGAGAUUAAUCAAUUAUCGGAAGCACUGGAAAAGGCCAAAGAAGCCCAAUUGGAAGCCGAAUCUAAACUUUCUACUGUGGCUGCCGAGCGAGAGGAAGAGAUGACCAGAUUCAGCAACGAGCAGGAAGCCGCCGAAGAGCGAUGGCGUGACAAUAUGGAAAAGUUGCGUGAAAAGCUGGAAAAUGAGAAAGAAGCUCUCAAUGACCAGAUUCUUGAAAAAGAGGCUGAAAUAGCAAGGCUGAAAAAGGACAUGGAUGAGAUGCGCGACAACAUUCAGUCUGUAGGAAAUGCACAAGUCACAUCAAAGCCGAUUGACCAGUCUCACCAACCAGCUGAAUCAACGUCACGCUGAACAGCUCGAGAAUUUGAAAACCGUAUACGAGGGAAAAAUCACUGAACUCACUGAACUGCAGCAAAAAAGCUUGGAAACCGAUGCGGAUGCAGGACGAGCUGCAGAAGAAAAGCAAAAGGAGCUUUUGCAAACGAUCGAGGAAUUGGAGCGUCGUUCCAUCGAAAUCAGUGCUUCAAAGGAAGAGGCUAUUAGUGCAGUUCAGGAUCAAUUCACUAAAGAAAUUGAAAGCUUAAAAGCCAAGCAUGAAGAGGAAGUGAAAAGC